UAAAAAAAUCAGGGAACUAACGUAACACUGAAAACACAGAAGCAUAAACAUGAACUACACAAACCAAAUGGAGGACAGUAACUUCUCCUGCUACAGCUCCUCGGUGGUGGAGUACCGGUACUUUGCUGUGGUGUGGGGAUGUUUUGUGAUCAUCGCUGGAACUGUGGGGAACCUGAUGACCAUCCUGGCCUUCGCCCUGGACUCCCGUCUCCAGACUCGCUUCAACGUGCUCAUCGUUAACCUGGCRGUGGCUGASCUUYUCUWCUGCACCAUCCUGCAGCCCAUSUSUGUAGACWCYUACCUGCACCUYAGAUGGCGUAYUGRUCRGGYCUGGUGCCAAAUCUUUGCGUUACUCGUCUUCCUCACCAACGGCGUUUCCAUCAUCACCCUCUGCCUGGUGGCAGUGAGCCGAUACCUCCUGAUUGCAAAAAGUGCAGUUUUCAACCGCGUGUUUACCAACUUUGGACUUACUUUACUCGUGGUCUCAACUUGGGGUCUGGGUCUGGCCAGCUUCGCCCCACUCUGGUCUGUUUACAUGUUUGUGCCUCAGCUGUGCUCCUGCAGCUUCCAUCGUAUCAAAGCCCGUCCCUACUCCGCCAUCAUACUUUUCAUCUAUUUCGUCAUCGGUCUAGGAUGUAUUGGAGUCUUCUACCUGCUCAUCUACAGAAAAGUCAGGCGUGCAUCAAAAGCUCUGCUCCGCCACAGGCUGAGUAUAAGCUGUGCUAGGAAGAAAUCUACUACUUCAGCUCUGGGGACGGACAAUAAUGGAGUGGGAAGUGGUGUAUGGAAGACAUAUAGCUCAGAGAUUUACAGCCAAGCAGAACUGGACCAAAGCACACAUGGUAACGAAAUGGCUAUCCUCCCACCUCGGAGCUCAGCUGUGCGACAGUCGGAGUCUUCGAUUCCAGAUUAUAACGAAUUUGACCGUGUGACCCGCAUGUGUUUUGCUGUGUUUCUCUGCUUUGUGUGCUCCUUUGUCCCAUAUUUGCUACUAAACAUAGCGGACAAAGGAAACCAAGCCCCGCAGGUGUUGCAGAUGUUCUUUGUCAACCUCACAUGGCUCAACACCUUCAUUAACCCUAUUCUGUACGCGGUCCUGAACAGACAGUUUCGGCAGGCCUACAGCGAGUUGCUCAGCCGAGCUGCUGCUCCUUUCAUCCGCCUCUGCAGCUAGCGCCAAACCUACAAAGUCUGAUUUCAUAAAACCUACUUUGACUGA